AUGGAUUUCUCCAGCCCAGGCGAUCCCUCUGCCCACUUCUCCCCAUCCGUUUCCCGAAUGGCCGCGUCCGCCGCCAAGGACUGGUCGUACGUAGACUCGUGGCUCGCCUCCAAGUUUCCUUCGGGCCAGGUCCCCCCGUUCGAGCGCAACCCGGCCACUCUCCAAGCGCUGAUGGCCACAGCGGCAGUCAGCGAGUCCGUCGACGAAACCAGCGACAUGCUGGCCGGCCUGAAUGCGGCUUCUUCUUCUCAACGCACCUCCUCCGUCAACGACGACGAGACGGUUGGUCAGCCCGACGCCCGCUCGACGCUGAGGACCGAAAUCUUGCUCAGAGUGGCUGAUCACCUCAGCCAGGAGGGACGGGCCGCUCUCGAGGCGCUCGCGCUGACGGCUGCGCAGCAAGGCAUCGGUUGCCCAGACACGGAUAGCCUGGUGCGCAAUUUCCUCGCCAUGCAGUCGUCUCUGUUCGAGACGGAGCAGAUGCUCGCGCGGGUCGGCGCUGUCAGAGCGCUCCUCUCGCGAGAGGCUAGUGGUGUUGCGGAAACCCUGGCCGCCUCCCAGGAUGCCCGUCACCUCGUACCGUCAGAGUCGGAGCUGCCGAGGGAGAACUUGGAGCUGCAGCGGAAGACCAGGGUGGCCGCCAAGCAGCUUGUAGAUGGUAAAGACGAUUUGGCGGUCGCGCCGUCGAUUCGGCUCCCUCAUCCGACCAUCCGUUGUGUCUUGGACGAUGAAGAAGAACUCUUGGCACUAUUAAAGGAGAAAAAGAGGCUUGAUGCUCAAAUGGCCGUCUUUGCAGGUUUGUCAAGUGACCCGGACAGGGCCAAAAGCCAGGUCGAGGACUCGGAGCAGCUGCUCUUGGCCUUGAGGACCACACGAGACGAAAUGUUUGAAAGCCUUGUCGAAAAGGCUAGUCCGGUCAAACGCUCUUGA